GGUAGUGGAGGGGGAGGAUCAACAGGCACCGGCAACGGAGGGGGCGGGUCUACUGGUUCAGGAGGAAACAAUGAUGGUGGAACUACAAAUGGGGGCGGGGACAACACAGGCGGGGGAGGCGGAUCCACAACAGGAGGUGGGAGUGGCAACAACGGAGGAGGCACCACUGGUGGUGGAGGAUCAACAGGGGGGACGGCGAAGAUCCCGGGCGUGCCAAUCUUUUCUCCUAGAGCUCCAAAUGACACCUGCAAACGUGUCGUAUGUUACUAUACCAACUGGGCUCAGUACCGGCCUGGUAUCGGCCAGUAUUUCCCGGAAAAUAUCAACGCCAGCCACUGCACUCACAUCGUAUACGCCUUCGCAAAGCUCGACAGUCAGAACCGACUGAUGCCCUACGAAUGGAACGAUGAUAGCACAGAAUGGAAGAAGGGAAUGUAUGAACGUAUGAUGAAGCUCAAAGUGGAAAACCCUAACCUCAAAAUCCUGCUGGCAGUCGGAGGCUGGACCAUGAGUUCUCCGCCGUUCGCCCGUAUGGUGGCUACACCACAGACCAGGCAGACGUUCAUCUCGACAAGCAUCACCUUCCUGAGGGAUAGGAGCUUCGAUGGCCUAGACCUUGAUUGGGAAUAUCCUGGCGACCGUGGAAGUCCGCCAGAAGACAAGGGUCGCUUCUCUUUGUUACUAAAGGAAACCUUAGACGCUUACAAGGAGGAGGCGGCUCUGACCGGCAAGCCUCGCCUUCUGCUGACAGCCGCGGUGGCUGCUGGGAAGACUGCUGUUGACAAGGCCUACGAGAUACCAGAGCUGGCCAAGUACCUGGACUUUCUCAAUCUGAUGUCCUACGACCUGCACGGGGCCUGGGAGAGAUCGACUGGUCAUAACAGCCCACUGCAUAAAGGAUCACACGAGUGGGGACUUAGUGCCCAGCUCAAUGUCGAAUGGGCAGUGAAUUACUGGAUCAAUGGCGGCUACCCAGCAGACAGGCUAGUGGUGGGCGUGCCCUUCUAUGGGCGGAGCUUCACUCUGUCAGGUUCGAACUCCGGCCUCGGGGCUUCUGCCCGUGGGGCGGGAACAGCAGGGAAGUACACCAGAGAGGCUGGAUUCCUGGCUUUCUACGAGAUAUGUGAAUACCUGAAAGACCAAGCGAGUGUGGUCACCAGGGUGGACGAAAUGGGCGUGCCUUAUGUUGUCAAGGGCAACCAGUGGGUUGGUUACGAUGAUACGACCAGCCUUGCAAGGAAG